GGACCCAACGCCGCAGAACCGGGAAGGGAUGUUGCGGGUGUUGAGUUCCUGCAGGAGGGGCUUUGCGGGGGGGAGGGGAGGCCCAGGGGCACCACCAGCCGCUGAACUCAGGCCCUGCCCUCCCCCUUCGUGCUUUCUUCCCCUUUCCAGACGUGCGGGGCCGGGAGGCAGGGCAGGGGCUGGGCAUUUGUGACACCUGCAUUUCCCCGAAGCCCUCCUUCUCCCCCCACCCCAUAUGUUUAUCCCGGUUUCCAGAUGUUCCUUUUCAUCAGGCUGUCGCUUCUCGCUUGGAAAAGGGAAACAGAAGAUGGAUUUCAGACCUUGGCCAUGCCACUCUGUGAAAGUCCCCAGAACCUCAGUUUCCACCACAGUAUUUUUUGCGUUGCUUCACCUGGUUUUAAAGAUCAGUAUGACACAGUGAAAUAGAAAGGAAAUGGACAUUUGUUGAAUUCCUGCAUGGCUGAAUACUAUGCAAAACUGCUUUAUUUGUCACAUUUAGUCUUCAUUAUUUGGUGUUCUUUCACAGAUCCUUAAGCUCACAAAGGUUAACUGAUUUUUCUAACAUAGCCAGUGAGUGGCAGAGGAGGAUACAGAUUGAACCGUCUUGCUCCAAAGUGGAGUUCUCAUCAGACACUUCCUUUGUUUAGGCUAUUGGAUGGCACCGCUCUUCAGCCAGACCCUCGCCCCAGAACAGCUGCUUCCUGAAUUUCUCCCCUUGACAGUUCUGGGUUCUUUUUUCCAGCACAGUGUGUUCUGCUUUGCUUCUGCCUUGAUUACUUCAGAAAUGAAAUGCAGCAAACAUUUAUUAAGUGGUGCAGGGGGAUGAACACUGGAAGUCAAGAGCCUUGGAUUCUUGUCCUGGCUCUAUCAUUAAGUGGCUGUGUGGCCUUGGGGAAGUUCUUGGUCUUUUCAAUGCUUUAGCUUCCCUUUGAAUAAAAUGGGUAAGUGCCUUCUGACUGGCAGGCUCUUGUCCAUCCUGUCCUCCAGCAGGCUCUCCGUGGAGCCCCGGACCUCUCUCCUCCCCAUGGGCAGCUGCCAGGCAGGGCACAACCUGCAUCUCUGUCUGGCCCACCAUCCGCCUUUGGUCUGUGCCACUUUGAUCCUGCUGCUUCUUGGCCUUUCAGGCCUAGGCCUCGGCGGCUUCCUCCUUACUCACAGAACUGGCCUGCGCAGCCCUGACAUUCCCCAGGACUGGGUCUCUUUCUUGAGAUCUUUUGGCCAGCUGACCCUGUGCCCCGUGAAUGGGACAGUCACAGGGAAGUGGCGUGGCCCUCACGUCGUGGGCUUACUGACCACUUUGAACUUUGGAGAUGGUCCAGAAGGGAACAAGACACAGACAUUCCAAGCCAUGGUCCUGGGUAGUCAGAUGGGAUUGAAAGGAUCUUCUGCAGGAGAGCUGGUCCUCAUUACUGCCAAGGUGACCACAGAAAGGACCCCAGGAACCUGCAUGUAUUUUAGUGCUGCUCCAGGAAUCCUGCCCUCCAGCCAGCCACCCAUAUCCUGCUCAGAGGAGGGAGCAGGAAAUGCCACCUUGAGUCAUAGGAUGGGUGAGGAGUGUGUCAGGGUCUGGAGCCACGAAGGCCUUGUGCUCACCAAGUUGCUCACCUCGGAGGAGUUGGCUUUGUGUGGCUCCAGACUGCUUGUUUUGGGCUCCUUCCUGCUUUUCUUCUGUGGCCUUCUCUGCUGUUUCACUGCUGUGUGCUUCCACCCACGCCGGGAGUCCCACUGGUCUAGAACCCGGCUCUGAGGGCACUGGCCUAGUUCCCAUCUUGUUCUCAGCUUCAACAACUGGUUGCUGGGCCCUCGGAGAUAGCCAUGGGAGAAAUGGAGAUACCCCAAGCCCAGGGAAGGGCUCUGACCAGAGGAACUGGCCACUCAAGAUCAACGUUGCUUAUUUUCUUCAGGGCUAGGCUCCACCAACCUGGAUAGGAGAUGGUGGAAUCCUCUUUGCCUUUCUUAGAUCUGAGUAGACUGGGAAAGGAAAGCUCUCUGGCUCCUGGUGGAUCCUGGGGUCCUAAAGCCACUCACCCAGUCCCAAUAAGCACUUGGACCGAUCUGUAGUUGCCAUUUCCUCUGCUCCUUCCUCACUGUUUUCAGCCAUCCCAGAGCUUCCCCCAAGGGUUCUCUCAUCUGCCCUGGUUUUUCAUCUU